AUGACGCAAUUCAUGCAAAUGUCAAUGACAAACCAGAAAAACCAAGAUGCGGCAAUCAAAUAUCUGGAAACUCAAGUGGGGCAACUUGCAAAACAAAUUACAACUAAUCAGUCGAAUGUGACAUUCUUUGUCAACACUCAAGAGAAUCCGAAAGAACAUUGCAAAUCAGUGGUCACUAGAACUGGUCAGAAAGGGGGUGAGGAGGAAAUUGAAGCCAAUGGUACUGAGAAAGAAGAGGAUAAUCAUGCUGCGGAAGAUGAGGAAAAUGAAAUUGUUAUUAGCGAUAUGAGCAAAGAAGAGGAAAAGAACAAGGUUGCGAUAAAUAGGCAGUAUGCAAGGGUUAUGGAAAUUUUCAAGCAAUUACAAAUCAACAUUCCAUUCUCCGAAGCCAUAGCCCAAAUACCAAAGUAUGCAAAUUUCAUGAAGAAUAUCUUGACAAAGAAGAAGAGACCGGAAGACGAAGAGGUUGUUGUUCUUGACGCCCAGUGUAGCGCUAUAGUAUCCCAUCUCCCUCAAAAAGCACGAGAUCCUGGACGAGUUACACUACCUGUUACAAUUGGUAAUCAGCACAUUGGGAAUGGGUUGAUAGAUCUAGGGUCAAGCAUCAAUUUGAUUCCUCUAUCAAUAGUGAAGCGAUUGGUAAAUAUUGAGAUGAAGUCAACCAAAAUGACCUUACAACUCGCAGAUAAGUCCACCACUCUUCCCUACGGCAUUGCACAAGAUAUGCUUGUAAAGGUAGAUAAAUUCUUGUUUCCAGUAGACUUUGUUGUGAUUGAUAUGGAAGAAGAUAAAGAGUCACCAAUUUUUCUAGGAAGGCCAUUCAUGAAAACAGCCCGAAUGAUGAUCGAUAUUGAUGAUGGUAUCAUGAAACUAAGAGUCCAAGACGAGGAGGUAUGUUUUAAUCUCUUCGAUGCCAUGAAACAACCAAAGGAUAAAAGCGAUUGUUUCCGCCUAGAUGUCACUGAAGAGGUAGCAAUGGAAGUGGCAAGUGAGAUCCAUCUCUCUAAUUCGUUAGAGAGAUCCCUUGUUGAUUCAUUUAAUGUGCUGACUCAAGAGGAGGAAAAAGAAAUCGAAGGAUUUUUGAAAGAACUAGAGAAGGGAGGAAACAUGAAUGAUAAUGAUGGGAAAGUGGAAACAUUAGAACCACCAAAAGAAGUGAAGGAAACAAAGAUGGAACUAAAGCUACUCCCGCCCCAUUUAAAAUAUAUCUUUUUAGAUAAGGAAGAAAAGAAACCAGUAGUAAUUAGUUCAAAGCUUACAACAUAA